GGCUUUGGUGUUAACAGCUACUGAGACUGACGCAAGCUAGUAGAGGAAGGGGGACUGGCACGGAGCAGAACAAGCCUCUCGGCAGACAAUUGGAACAGGAAGCAAGGAAGGAAAGGGUCUUUCACCCGGAGGAAGACUGGCAAACUCAUUGGGGUUGUGACAAGACAGCCACACAGUAGCUCCAGAGACCAGCCAUUUCUCAGACGAUAAGGACACACUGAGAGGUCCACCGCAGAUCAGAAGAUGAACAACACCUUGUCAAACAUCUCCAUUAAGUGUGUUCGGGACACCAGUGUAACAGCUGUGGUUUUCCCCUUUCUAUACAGCAUCCUCUUUAUAGUCGCCCUGAUACUUAAUUCCCUGGCUGCAUGGAUCUUCUUCAGCAUCCCUAGCACCUCAACAUUUGUGGUCUUUCUAAAAAAUGUGGUGGUGGCUGACUUGCUGAUGACCCUGACCAUACCUGUGAGAAUCUUGAGCGAUGCAGGUGUGGGUUCCUGGCCACUUCGCGCCUUCCACUGCCGGUACUCUGCGGUUCUCUUCUACAUCACCAUGUACAUCAGCAUCCUGUUGCUGGGUCUCAUCAGCCUGGACCGCUACCUGAAGAUAGUCAGGCCCUUUGGGAAGUGUGCUCUGCAGCGGGUUCGUGUCGGUCAGAUUCUGAGUGCAGCCGUCUGGGUGGUUAUGCUAUCUUUGGCAUUACCCAAUGUUAUUCUAAGUGACCAGCCACCACGGGUAUCUGGAGGCAAGUUGAAGUGCACCUCCAUGAAGAGCAAAGCCGGCCUGCUCUGGCAUGAAGGAUUCAACUACUUCUGUCAGGUGAUUUUCUGGGGCACGUUGGCCUUGAUGGUGGUUUGCUACACGUUCAUCAGCAAAAAGGUUUAUGAGUCAUACAAAGCCUCAAGGAGCCGAUCUCAAGCAGCCAGUCGCAGAACCAAAGCGAAGGUAUUUGUUGUGGUGGGGGUUUUUUUCAUCUGCUUUGCCCCUUUUCACUUUGCACGCGUUCCUUACACCCUGACCCAAACCGGCAGCCUGGCGAGUCAUUGCCGGGCACAGAAUGCACUCUAUAUCGCCAAGGAAACCACCUUGUGGCUGUCGGCCACAAAUGUGUGUCUGGACCCACUUAUCUAUGUGUUCCUGUGUAAGGUGUUCAGGAAAAGACUGACAGCCGCACUCUGCCGUAAGCCAUUCCACGGAGGUACCGUGGAGUCUCCCACAGGAACAUCAACUCAGCUGGAGAUGUCACAGGUAGCCUAGAGCAACAGACUCAUAUAAUGGGAUGCCUCAGUAACAAUGUGUGUAAAGAAUGUGACUGAACAACGUACAAUGGAACAUAAUCAAUAACUGUAACUGUCAAGGUGGGAUGACACACUGCCUGAAAGAAUGUGCUAUUUUACUUGUAAAUAGCAUUUUAUUUUGGUGACACAAGUUGUAAAAUUAAUGCAAUGUGAUCAAAAUGUCAAACAUGUCCGGAGGUGGUCCAGAAGUUUUAUAACAACAGAAACUACUGUACUUACCAAGCACUUCUGCCACACGUUUGCAAAGUCAUCCAAUAUGUUUCCUUAAUUGUGCUUACUGUCAUUUUCCACUUCCUUCUCUCUAAUCUCAUCCAAACUGCACUUUUCCUUUACAAACUUUAGCUAAAGGGUAAACAUCUUGUAUUAAUUCUCCAAUGAUUACACCACACGCACAGUGUGACCAGUGACUGAAAGAUAACAAAAUGAGUCAGGAACAAAGGACAGCAAUAGACACUGCUUACAGCUAUAGCUUCUGUGUAAUACAAAUAACAAUAAUACCGUAAUAAUAAAAUGUAUAUAUUCCUUA